AUGGGCUGUAGAAUCUUAUCGCACUAUAACAUUCAUGUUAUUUUACCUUUUAUUUCCAUCAUAUACCUUAUAAAUAUUUCUUUUUUUAAAUAUUCUUUCAAAGGCGGAAAUUUUAAGAAUAACAAGCAAGGAUCAGGGAACAAAUUCAAGGGAGGACGUCAUGCUCAAGGUAAAUCUCAGAAAAAACAGCAUGGUUCCUCCGGAUCAAACAAAGUCGUUGUUGUUCCACAUCGUUUUCCCGGAGUUUAUAUAGCGAAGGGAAAAUCCGACGCUCUGGUUACCAGAAACAUGGUUGUGGGAGAAUCCAUCUAUGGAGAGAAGAGAAUUGAAGUGACUAAUGAAGAUGGAGAAAAAAUUGAAUAUAGAAUGUGGAAUCCUUUUCGUUCAAAGCUUGGAGCAACAAUUAUUGGUGGAGUCGCCAACAUGCCAAUAGGAAUAGGAUCAAAGGUUCUUUAUCUCGGAGCCGCAAACGGAACAACAGUUUCUCACGUUUCUGACAUGGUUGGACCCACCGGGCUCGUUUACGCAGUUGAGUUUUCACACAGAUCUGCCAGGGACUUGACAAACAUGGCUAAAAGGAGACCUAACAUAGUUCCAAUUGUUGAAGACGCAAGACAACCACAGAAAUAUAGGAUGUUAGUUGGAAUGGUGGACAUAAUAUUCGCCGAUGUUGCACAGCCUGACCAGGCCAGAAUAGUUGCCAUGAAUGCCGACCACUUUCUAAAGCCAGCAGGAUGGUACAUAAUUGCCAUCAAGGCGAACUGUGUGGACUCCACCGCCAGCCCUGAGGCUGUUUUUGCAGGUUUGCUUCCUACUGAACAUAAUUAUGUAGCCGAGGUUGAUAAAUUACGUAAGGAAAACUGCAAGCCAAGAGAGCAGUUGACUCUGGAACCUUAUCACAGGGACCAUGCAGUUGUUAUUGGACAAUAUCGCGUUAAAAAGAAGCAAGCAUCAUAA